AUGGGCGCGCCUGCAAUCCCCUACUCGUCGACCGAGGCCGAGCGCCGCAGGCUGGAGAACACCCUCGACCAGGACCUGUCAACGCUCAGUCUGACGGCCACGUCGUCGUCCCUCUCCCCCCGGCGCCGUGACCCCGCCGAAGACUCAUUCUCGUCCCUCUCGACGAUCGGCGUCGGGCGCUCGGCGCCUGCCCAGCUCGACUCGUUCGACGCCUCCUUCCCCCGCUUCCCCUCGACCCUGGACACGCCGAAAGCCCGCGCCGCACGCGGCGUGAGCAUGCGCACCGAGACCACCCUCGGCGGCAUCUCACCCACCAGCACGGCCGGCCACCAUGUCUCCGCGGCCACUCUUGGCGCCGGCGUCUUCCGCCGCCCGGCCGCACGCGGAGUCAGUACCGGCGCCGCCGACGAGUUCGACCCCGACCGCAGCCUUGGCCGGCUUGUCGGUGAACUCGCAAAGGCCAUGGGCGACGAGCGUAACAAGCCCGCAUCGCCAUUCGCUUCUCCCCGCUCGCCGUCACCAAGCAUGAGGCAACAGCCCAACCUCAGCUUCACGCUCACGCGCAACGACCCGCUACUCUCGCCCCCGCUGUCGCGGAGCGUCAGCUCGGCGUCAUCUGGAUCGCAGGACAGGCGGCAGGCUGCCUCUCGCCCGGCGCUCGGAGAAACAAACAGACACAAUGCGUUCGCACCACAGGCCACACUCAUCCGCCCCGACGUGCUAAAGAAGCACAAGCGCCACCACCGCGGGGUACAAAACGACUCGGCCGACGUAACGGGCAUGACGGGACUUCUCGCCACGCCAGGACGCGGCACCAGCUUUGUCGGCGUCGACAAGAACGGCGCGCCCGAGGACGAGAUGGCCGCUGCGAUCCCCACCGCGCUCGCGUCCCUGCAUGCGCGCCUGCGUGCGCUCGAGACGGAGAACAGCGUCUCGCGCCGGCGCGUGCGCGAGCUCGAGUCAGAGAUCGAAAAGGCCCGCGAUGAGGUCGCUCGCGCCCAGCAGACGAAGGACGGGCGCCUGAAGGACGCAAUCGGGGAGAAGACUGCGCUGGAGGACUUGGUCAAGUCGCUGAGGGGACACCUCGCGCGGUUGACAAAGGAACUCGAGGAGAACAAGGCGCUCGUGGACGAGCUGCGACGCGCCGCUUCCGCACCACCCUCCCCUGUCAAGUACGACACGAGCGUCAAGGACGAGCUUGGUGCACUGCGGCGCGAGGUCGAGCGCCUGAGCCGCGAGGUCGCGCGGUUGGGCGAUAUCAUUGCGCAAGGACUUGCAGUGCGCCAGCGCGAAGCCGAGCCUGUUAGGACAGUACGCCUCGCCGACCCCCCGCUGGUCGACUUAUCCGACGACGAAGUCGACGCCGUGCGCCGCGACGUCGAGGUCAGAUCAUCCGUUGCCACACGCCUCGCUAGCCCGCACGCCCCGCCCCCGCCGACUCUCCCAUCACAGCUUCGACAGGGCUUACAUGCCGUCGCUGCGGACAAGGCCGGCUUGCUGCCCCCCAGCGCGCGUGCGGCGCGCGUGGCCACUGACAGCUCGGAGGGCGAAGGUGCUACAUCGCCUACACCGGCAUCUCGAACGCGCAACAGCUCGUCUGCUUCUCGACCUCGCUCCCGCGCUGCGGCUGCCGCUACCUUCGCCUCCCCUGCCUCGUCGACGUCUUCUACCCGCCGCCGCCGGCGCGCCGAGCCACCAGCUGCCGGGCCCGACUCACCGUUCCCCUCCAUUCGCGUCGAGGACGAGGCGUCGUUCUUUGCGUUCCGUCCCAGCCCGGCCAAGGCAGCGGAGCCAAGGACGAACCCCGCUCCCGCUGCUGCUGCCGGUACCCUUCCUCCAUCUGUCCGCUCACUCUUUGACUCGCCCCUCCUUCCACCACAGACGGUACUGGCGCGCGUCAUCCGCGAGCUCGAGGACGAGUUCAGCCACUACAAGAGCAUCUACGUCGAGCUCGCCGACCAGUACAAGGUGCUCGACGUCGCAAGUGCCGUGGCCAAGCGACACGUCCUCGCUCAGCACCUCAAGGAGGUGAUCGACACGCUUGAGCUCAAGGCCGACCAGAUUUCGGCCCUCUACUCCCUUCUCUCGGUGUCUGACCGACCCGUCUCUCCCAGCACCGACGCCGCGGUACGCGGGCACAAGACCAAGUCUGUGAACGACCUGUGGCGUGCCGUGCGUGACUCGCUCAGCGAGGACGCGCGCCGCCGCCUCGAGGCAGACGGCCUCUUCCGCAAGUAACCAUCGCCACAUUCGCAUUUGUCCAUUCUGUUGUGCCAUUCAUACUUUGUCGUGCAGUGUUUUGUCUUGGGGGAGGGGUAACGAUGUCAUGCACCUGUGGACG